AUGUCUGAACAAGCGGCUUUAGAAUAUACUUUACCUGGUGUACUGCACUUUUUACAAGCAGAAUGGCGAAGAUUUGAACGCGAAAGAAAUGAGUGGACUAUUGAAAGAGCUGAAUUAAAAGCUAGAAUUGCCUUGUUGGAAGGUGAAAGAAAAGGAAUUGAAAACUCCAGGUUGAUUCUGAUGAAGAGAGUCAAGAUGCUUGAAUAUGCUUUAAGACAAGAAAGAAAGAGAUAUUCUGAUAAAGAAGAAGAUACAGAUACCAGAGCAGCCACCGCUCCUAUGAUACGCAACACUCCUGCAAGUUCUUUAGAAGAAAGCAGUAAAGAUGAUAAUGAUACCAAUAUCAAACUAAGGGAAAAGAGUAAACAACUGUUAAAAUCCUGUCUUGAAGAAAUCAACUAUUUGACUACUAUUCCAACAAAGCUUCCUCUUACAAAUGCAUUAGCUUCUACAAUAGAUCAAACAAAGUUCGUUAGAACAGAUUCACCUUUACCAAAAGGACAAUCAAAUCAACGUACCCAGAAGGCACGAAGACAAGCAGUUCAGCAAAGUUCAGUGUCAUCAAGUCCUAAAGAAGUACCAAGUCCACCCAAAGAAGAGUUAGAAGAAUUGGAAGUGCCAGCUAAUGUCGAUGAGGUGGCAAUGAUGAACAAUAUGAGCAAGUCACCGGAUAAUAACAAAGAGAUAUCCGCUGAAAUCCAAGAAAAGUUUAAUGUAUCCGAAGAUAAGGUUAUGAAAAUGAUGAAAAAUGCCAGCAAAGGAACAUCAAGCAGCAAGGAUAGUCUAUUAGGGGGUGAUCUAGAUUCUUAUCAGCUUAGAGAAGCUAUGGAUGAUCAUCCACAAAAUCAACAAAAGAUAUGGAAGACGCGUGUGACGAUUAAAGGACAUCUCGAUUCAGUUAGAGCAGUUUGUUUCCAUCCUAAAGAAAUGAUAGCUGCUUCAGGAUCAGAUGAUGGUACAGUAAAAAUAUGGAAUCUGAAGAAAGUAACCGGAAAAGACGGCAAUGCUGGUAAAAAAGGAUCCUUUGAAGAAGCAGAUCCAAGCAUUACUUUUAGAGGACAUACCAACAUUGUGACAUCACUUGCUAUAUCUAGUUUACAAAAUAGAGUGUUUUCUGCUUCUUUAGACUCGACCAUUCGUGUUUGGAAAUUGCCAUCAGAAGAAUGGGGCCCAUUCUCACCAGUUGAUCCUUCACUUAGUCUUGCAACCUAUGUUGGUCAUACGGAUGCCAUCUGGGAUCUUAAAUUAUCACCACAUGGUGACCUGUUAGCCUCUGCAUCAGCGGAUAGGACCGUGAAAAUAUGGGAUACACAGAGCUCAGGCAGUUUGUUAAAGAGUACUUGGACGAUCGAUGGUAUAUUAUCAUCUGGAGAAACGCAAAGGGAUAAAGUGACACCUACUUCGCUUGAUUUCUGCCAGCAUGAUAUAGGCAAGCUUGCUAUUUCAUUUGCAAAUGCAAAAAUAAAUGUGUAUGAUAUUGAAAAGGGUCAAGUGGCCGUAUCUCUAAAGAAGAGUGAUGAAACUUACGAUAACACACGAGCCACACAGGUUAACCGUAUCGUAACACAUGCUACUAUGCCAUUACUUAUUUCUGGGCAUGAAGACCGCCAUAUCAAAGUAUUCGAUACGAGAACAGGUGAAUGCAUAAAUACAUUGUCUGGUCACUUGGAUGCAGUAACUAGUCUUGACAUUGAUCCUGCAAAUGAUAUCUUAGUAUCAGGAGGUCAUGAUUCAGCGAUACGAAUUUGGAACUUGGAUAAUUUUACAAACGUACAAGAAUUCUCUGCUCAUCGACGAAAAGGAAAUGAGGGUGUAUUAGGUGUGAAUUUCCAUCGAAGCUACCCGUGGAUGAUAAGUGGAGGAGCAGAUGGCAUCAUAAAAGUAUAUCAUUAUGGACAUUAA